CUUAAAGAUGAUUCAUUCCCUUCAAUUCUUUCCUCUCUACCUGUCACCACCAAUCCGAUUUACUACCGAAAUCUCCCCUCAGCUCCGACUCUUGCUCCUAUCCUUGACUUCUAUACUCUUAAUACACUAAAUCAACCUCUUUGUCGGCACAGUCGACACUCUUCAAGCCACCGGUUUGACUCCUCCAGCUUACACCCAAAGACUUUUUUGUCGCCCCCCACACACGCGUUUUCCGUUUCUUCACACACAACCGCAGUCAUGGCGAACACAUCAUCAACGGUGUCAUAUACGGCAAAUUUGCUCAAGUACAUGAGCCUCGACCAGAAGGGCACGGCGAUGGCCGAGUACAUCUGGAUCGAUUCUUUCGGUGGCGUGCGCUCGAAAUCGAAGACAAUCCUCAAGGUCCCCGACGACGGAAAGAUCAAUCUCGCCGACCUCCCAGAAUGGAACUUUGACGGCUCGUCGACGGGUCAGGCCCCCGGUGGCGACUCCGACAUCUACCUCCGCCCCGUCGCCAUUUUCCCCGACCCAAUGCGCGGCGACCCCAACAUCCUCGUUCUGUGCGAGUGCUGGGACCCUGAUGGAACCCCAAACAAGUACAACCACCGCCACGAGGCGGCGAAGCUGAUGGAGACCCACAAGGCCCAGGAGCCGUGGUUCGGUCUUGAGCAGGAGUACACCCUCCUCGACAUGUCGGAUCGUCCUUACGGAUGGCCCGUGAACGGCUACCCUGGACCCCAGGGCCCGUAUUACUGUGGUGUCGGUACUGGCAAGGUCUUCUGCCGUGACAUCGUCGAGGCGCAUUACAAGGCCUGCCUCAAUGCCGGCGUCAAGAUCUCCGGCACCAACGCUGAGGUCAUGCCCGCCCAGUGGGAGUUCCAGGUCGGCCCGUGCGACGGAAUUGAGAUGGGUGACCACCUCUGGAUUGCCCGUUUCCUCCUGCACCGCAUCGCGGAGGAGUUCGGCGCCAAGAUCUCUUUCCACCCCAAGCCCAUCCCCGGUGACUGGAACGGAGCCGGUCUUCACUCCAACUUCUCGUCCGCCGAUAUGCGCAAGCCCGGCGGCAUGAAGUUCAUCGAGGCCGCGAUCAAGAAGCUCGAGCUUCGCCAUAAGGAGCACAUCGCCGUCUACGGCGAGGACAACACGCUGCGUCUGACGGGCCGUCACGAGACCGGCAGCAUUGACACAUUUUCGUAUGGUGUUGCGGACCGUGGUGCGUCGGUCAGGAUUCCCAGGGAAUGCGGUAGCAAGGGUUUCGGAUACUUCGAGGACAGGAGGCCCGCGAGUAACGCGGACCCGUAUCAGAUUACGGGUAUAAUGAUGGAGACCAUGUUUGGCGGUCUCGAUUCGGAGGAGUAGAGAGAUUUUGGUGUAGUAGAAAUAGUUUGUCACUUGGGGGGUAAGGACAGACGUUAGAUAUCAAAGAGGGAUCGUCAUCGCAAGAGUUUUAUAGCAAGAAUACAAUC